AUGGACGAAUAUUUCUUUGAGCAAUUUGUGUCUCAAUGCAAGUUCUACCUUGAAGAUACCCAUUACCUUGAGAUCUUGAACUAUACGCAUGCUCUUUCCUCAGACGAGUUUGCCAACUAUAUUUACCGCAGAGGAGCGUUUGAGCCUCCAAAGCUACGAGCGGGCGUAAAACCCAUCGGCGGCCUGAGACUCAUACUGCAGUUGAACGCCAGACAGCCCGAAACCUUUUCGCCGUACGUUGUCACCUUGGCCCACGAUGAGUAUCGUGAGAUGAUCCGGGGUAUGCGUCUGCCCACCAGCGCCAUUGAGGGAACAGCUGUAGUUGGCCCUUUCUUUUGGUCUUCCUAUGAUCAAAACGAUGAAGACCCCAAUUUGCAAUUCAUCUUCCGCAAGUCAGAUGUUCGGAAGAAGGGCCGGACCCGUGGCUGGGAGACGAUGCUCUCGUACAACUUCCAAACGGGAAUCACCACAGGCUACCGGGCAGGCCGGCCACCCCUCGUCCUGCCCAUGAUUAUGCUCUUCUUCGAGCUCAACCCAGAGAAUGAGAAGCGCCAGCGCCGUGCCAGGGAUUGGCUCCGCCGCCUCGAGCACGCCAUUAGUGGCCGCGACGAGAUCAACGACGAGGAGUCCUACGUCAAUGGCGGCGUGCUGGACAUGGACGGCAUCACCAGGGACAUGUACGAGUGCAACGGCCAGGUCCUGUGGAAGAAGCCCCAGGCCUACAUGGAGAUCGUCAAGGAGUUUGACAAGGCCAUGGAGAGGUUCGAACAAAGGACCGAGUUUUACAUGGCGAAGCUCAAGGGAUUGGAGAAUUACAUUUGGACCACGCUUGAGCGCUUGAGGAUCCAACGGGAAGCUCUCUACAACAUUUCAGCCAUCCGCGAGUCAAAACUCAGCCUACAAAUCGCCAAGGAGCAAAAGUACGUCGCCCACGCCGCCAAGCACGACGGCACCGCCAUGAAGACUCUCUCCUUGCUCGGCGCCAUCUUCCUCCCCGGGACCUACCUCGCUUCCGUAUUCAGCAUGACCUUUUUCGACUUUGCCAGCGACGCGGAUCCCAUCAUAUCCACCAAUCUCUGGAUCUACUUCGCCAUCACCAUACCCGUCACUUUGCUCAUCGUCGGCACGUGGAUCUUUUUCAACCAGCGCCGCAAGGACAAGUUUCGGCGCGACCAAGCCACCGUCGAGGGCGACGUCGAAAGCAUGGAGCGGGAAAUCAUGGCCACGAUGCGGAGGAAGACCCUCAACAAGGAGAACACCUGGAACUCCUUCAGCCCGAGGUGA